AAUUGCCGCAUGAGUGGGCCAUCCAUCUAAUUUUCUUCCACUUUAUGCUGGACAAACUUUUGACUUUUGUUCUGAUUCCUCUCCUCUUGGUAUGGAUUUACGGGUCAUUUGCUCGACAAAAAGGUGACGGAGAUUUAGAAAGUCGUGAUGGAUAAGGAAUUCUCUUGGCCUGUGGGUAACAUUAGUCUGGAAUGGUACAAAGUUGUUAACUUUCUCUUUUCCUUAUCAACUCUUCUUUACAGAGUUGGAAGAACUUUUCAGAAAGCAACCUCUCUUGCCGUUCUGUCUUCGUUUCACGAUUGAAUCUUAGCUGUGAUGGGAAAACUAUGGGUUGAGGUCUGCCUGAUUUCUGCUAGGGGACUCCGGCGAACAUCUUCACUGUGGAAGCGCCAGUGGUUUGCCGUUGGGUGGAUUGAUACUAACAACAAAUACUGCACCAGGAUAGAUGCUUCGGGAAAUGCUAAUCCAGUUUGGAAAACCAAAUUCUCGACAGUGGUUGAUCCUUCUGAACCUAACUUCCAAGAUAUGGCCCUCCACGUCGAGGUCUAUAGUAGAGAACCCGUCUUUCUUAGAGAAAGGCUCUUGGGAACGACAACGGUGAUUCUUAAGGAAUUUCUGGAGAAGUACUUGAAGAAUUCUGAGGUUCCAAAACCGGUGGAAGAAGUAGGAAGUUUUCAGCUGAGAAAGAAGAAUACAAACAAACCUCGCGGAUUUGUCGAUAUCUCAAUCCGAAUAUCAGAAGAAAGGGAAGAGUCUAGCUCAUACCAAGGUGAUGAGGAAGGAUUUAAGCUCAUGGAUAACAGCAUGGGAAUUAACUUGGAUAUUGGGCACGGACCCCUGCAUUCACAAUUUCCUGCACCCUCACCGCUGCAGCCAGGAAGUCAGCCGCAGACAAGCAGCCAGUAUGCCCAUCCACUUCCAUUUCCUCGGAAUUAUCCCAAUAUACCAACGGGUCCAAGCUAUGCACCAGCCGGGGGAACAAGCUAUCAACCACCAAGAGCUCCACCCCCACUCCCACCACCCUCAAAUGUCGGCUAUAUACAGACCUCUCUACCGAGGACAGAUGAUUUGCGGCCUAGUUACAUGAACAUGCCAUCAUCUGGACCAGCACCUGGACGCAGCAGGGGACCUGGUAUUGGGGUGGGACUAGGUGCUGGAGCAUUAGCUGCUGGAGCCGUGAUCUUUGGGGAUGAUUUUAUGUCAGGUUUUGAUUUUCCACGCAAUUUACAAGAUGCUAGCCUGACAAUAUCAACUGAUCCUCCUUUCUGAAUAUGCGUAGAACAUAAUCUGCUGUUGUAUGGCGAGGGACAUUAUUGUUGUUUUAAAUCAUUUCAGCGUUCAACAAUUACUGCACCUGCACCCCGUAACAAACAUGGGAUAUUUGUGAUCGCUGCUAGCCCUCUAAAUCCAGAAGGAAGUUUGGAUAUUGGCUAUGCAUGUUCAAGCUUCUAACACCAGUGCGUCGCAAUCAACAUA